AUGGAGAAGCGUAAGCCGGCCGGACUGCCGCCCUUGCCCUACCACCUCCGCACCGUGCCCUUGGACCUGCCGGGGACCCCGCCCCGCCUCCCUCUCAGGGACCCCCCCAGGGUCUCCCGUCCCGACGCCGCGUGCUGCGCGCGGGGGCCCGGGGGCUGCGCCGCGAGGCCGCCCUGCCGGCCGCUGCCGCUGGAGUGCGCCUUCGAGCCCGCCUUCCUCCGGCGGCGCAACGAGCGCGAGCGGCAGCGGGUGCGCUGCGUGAACGAGGGCUACGCGCGCCUGCGAGCCCACCUGCCCCGCGAGCUGGCGGAGCGGCGGCUCAGCAAGGUGGAGACGCUCCGCGCCGCCAUCGGCUACAUCAGGCACCUCCAGGAGCUGCUGGAGCGCCACGCCCGGGGGCCGGAGGGUCCCGCCGGCGCCCGCACCCCGCGCCCGGCCGAAUGCAACAGCGACGGCGAGUCCAAGGCCUCGUCGGCGCCUUCGCCCUGCAGUGAGCCCGAGGAGGCGGGCAGCUAG